AGGAAGGGCCAAAUCCACAUGAUUUAAAGACCGAAAACUCUUGCCACUGCUACUAGUUCAUAUGCUUGUGAUUGUUGUUACCUAGAGUAUAUGAUUGAUAAGAUGUCCGCUUUUGUAUUUCUGCUGUGUCUUUUCUGCCUAGGCUCAGUGCAGGCUGGAAAGUUACUGGUCAUUCCAGCAGAUGGCAGCCACUGGACGGGGAUGAAGAGUUUGGUGGAGGAGCUUGGGCGCAGAGGGAACCAGGUGGUUGUUGUCAUCCCAGAAGCAAGUCUUAGCAUGGGUCCAUCAGAACAUACUACUACUAUGAGAUAUCCAGUACCCUACACCAAAGCCAAGCUGGAGGAGAAUGUCAGUACAGGUGUUACAAAACUUUUGAGUGCAGACGUGUCUACAGAUCUUGCCAGGUUUAGAGGUUUUAUGAACACUAUGGAUAUGCUUAAAGUUAUGACCGCAAGAAACCUUGAGAGUGUCUUGUUCAAUAAGGAUUUGAUGAAAAAACUUAAAGACUUUAACUUUGACGCCAUCCUCACAGACCCCUUUGAGCCUGUUGGAGUUAUUCUUAGCGAGUAUCUCUCGAUUCCAGCCAUUUACACCCAGAUAAGUCAUCCAUGUGGCGCUGACACUCUUGCCAGUAAAUGCCCACUUCCAGCCUCUUACGUUCCACAACCUGUAACUCAUUUUUCUGACCACAUGAGUUUUUGGCAAAGAAGUGUGAACCUGGGAAGGACCCUGGUGCAACCCAUGGCUUGUGGACGUAUGUAUGUUCAUGCAGAUGAGAUUGCCUCACGCUUACUUCAAAGAAAAACAUCCAUUGUAGAGAUCAUGAGCCGUGCUGCUCUCUGGUUCAUGCGAUUCGACUUUGCCUUUGAAUUUCCACGCCCCUUGAUGCCAAACAUGAUCACUGUUGGAGGACUGGAUAGCAAGAAAGCCAAACCUCUGCCACAACAUUUGUGAGACGACAUCAACUCAUCAUCCGAGUGGACAAGAACACCAACAGAGGAAGCCAAGCCGCAAAAACAAUGAAAAAUUGUCAUGACUUUUUAUUUUAAAUAAAAGUUAUGUGAUAAUAAACAUUAAGUGUUGGCUUAAUUAUAGUGUUUUAAAGAUGUUUUGAAAUAAGUUGUUUUAAAAUAAAAAUAACAAUAUUCUGUAUGUUUAUGGUAUUUACCCUAUAACAUUUAUUAACAAGAGGUGAACAAAGCACCACUUUAGUUUACAGCCCGCAAAUAUGAGAGUUACCUGGUACAUACACAGAACAAGCGGGGAAUAAGCCCCACUUCAAUUUACAGCCCGCAAAUAUAAGAGUUACCUGGUAACUCCUGUAUACAUAUACAG